AUGGACGAAGUUAGCAGCAUACAGACGAACAAUUCUUUAAGCGGCAACGAAAAAUUGCUAUCACUAUUAAAUACUAUCGCUGCUUUGCCCCGAGAGUACAGAAGGCUCAUGGAAGAUUUUUUAAAUAGAGAAGCUACACCAACACAAGUGAAUUCCAAAUACGAUAUUGGAGAGGACCCUCAUUCGCUCCAUGGCCAGACCGCAAAAGUCUCCAGUGAUCCUCUAGUGCCUAAGGGCCAAAAUCCGGGACCGUUUCCCAUGAAGAAAGAUGUGGAUCAAAUGGUCGAAGAACACAAAAACAACUCGCCAAACAUUGUGAUUCGAAAAAGCGACAUGCCCUCACUUGAUGAAUCGCCGCCUCUAGAUUUGUUCGAAGUACUACCGCCCAUCUACAAGUACAACAUUCCAAACACGCAAUCAUUCGACCUUCCAACGAAGGCUCCAUUUGCCGAUAAAAUGGACGACGCUGAUCUCCUGAAUCCACGCACUUCACUUCUGUCCGAUGCCGUUCAUCUCCUGGAAAGUGCAAUACCACGUUUUAAAGCCGAGAUACUUCGGAACGUAACUCCAAAUAAUGCAAGUGUUGCUUUGUCUCCAAGACUUUCCUUGUCAAUGAAUGAAAUGAGAACGGAUAAUGUUGAUAACAUUGCUUCUUCACAGCAGAAUUCAGUAGCAGCUCAAAAUCCAUCAUGUCUCACAUAUUCAGGCUGCAGAGGCUUGUUUAGCAAUGGUGUGAGUCAAGCUAAAUAUCAAAAGCCUCAAACUAAGAUAUUCCCCAAGUCGUCAGCCCAGCUAUUGUCUCGAAACUGGAGCGAUAAUAUCAGCAACCAUCAAGGCUCACUUUUUAACAGGAAUCCAUCAAAAACAAAUCAAGGCACGUUGUUCAUUGAGAACUUUCCGCCGGCGCCACAAUACAGUAUUGCACCAAGGCCUAAAGACACCACAGAGCACAAUCUUCUAGAUAUGAAUCGCCUUGGUUCACUUCAGCAGUUGACAACAGGACACUUCGAUGAGGAACAACCGUACCAUACAACACCCGAAGGAAACAGCGGCACCACUACAAUGAUGAUGGGUUUGUUUACACUCUCAUUUUAA